AUCCCUACCCCUUUCUGCCUUUCACCGUUAACUCUCACGCUCACCCAGCCCUCCCCUACCCUCACCCGAGUCCCCUGUCACGCAACCCUCCCCUCUCGCACCGUCGCACGCAGCCCCUCUCUCACGCAGGCGCAGCCACGCAUCCCCUCUCUCUCCGGAUGGGCUGGAUCUUAUUGUGAAUAGAGCACUAAGAUUAUAAAUUUUGUUCUUGUCCCUUAUGGCGAUUUCCAAUUAUCUGUAUCCUCAAUAUCUGAGAGUUUCCUCUGGAGGUCGUCUUUGCAUUCAUAGUAGUGGGUACAGUUGGGGCAACCGAAAGAAGCAGAUCCUUCGUCUUCUCUGUGCUUCCGCUGAGAAACCGGUGGAAGGCCUUUAUGUUGAAUCCAAGGUUCAAACUUUGUUAGACAGUGUAAAAUGGGAUGAAAAAGGUUUGGCAGUGGCAAUUGCUCAACAUGUUGAUACUGGAGCCAUACUAAUGCAAGGCUUUGCAAAUCAAGAUGCAGUCCUUACAACCAUUUCUUCUCGGAAGGCAACAUUUUUUAGCAGGUCACGGUCUACAUUAUGGACGAAGGGAGAGACCUCAAAGAAUUUUAUCAAUAUUCAUGAUAUAUUUCUUGACUGUGAUCGUGACUCUAUAAUAUACCUUGGGAAGCCUGAUGGACCUACCUGUCAUACGGGUUCAGAAACUUGUUAUUACACAUCAGUUUCUGACUUACAAGAACAGGUUGAAGGAAGUAAAUUGGCAUUAACCACUCUGUACUCAUUAGAGUCAACAAUCUCCCAACGCAAAGUAGAACUAGCGGCAGCACAAAGCGGAAAACCCUCAUGGACAAGACGGUUAUUACUUGAUAACCACCUUCUAUGCUCAAAAAUCAGGGAGGAGGCAAAUGAGUUGUGUCAAACGCUGGAGGAGAACGAGGAUAAGUCACGAACUGCCUCAGAGAUGGCAGAUGUCCUCUAUCAUGCCAUGGUUCUUCUGGCAGUUAAAGAUGUGAAGAUAGAAGAUGUUAUGCAAGUUCUCCGGCAGAGAUUUUCUCAGUCAGGUAUCGAGGAAAAGAGCAGUCGGAGAUCAGAAGGCUAGUCAUGAGCUAUUUAGGCUGCCCAACCCUUGGGUUUAAUCAAUUCGAGUGCCACCUGGACUUGGUGUUAUCCCAGUUCUUGUAUCCUCACCUCAAGUUGCUGUAGUCUGGCUCUAGGUGAAUUUUGCAUAAACCUUUCUGGUAAAGACAAAUUUGUUGUAACAUUUUUCCUUUCAAAUAGAACAGAAUAUGCCACUUUUGAGAAGUUAUAUUGCGAUCGUUUACUUAUAUUGCUUUGGGUGAA